AUGCAUUACAUACGACUCCUCCGAGCCCCGACGCUCACGCGCGAGGAGAACAGGAAACAUCCAUGGUCACUCAACGUCGUCUUCACCGUCACAACCGACCUCGGCGACUCAUUCCUCACACCGGAUGAUAAUGAACCGAUCAAAAUCAAGGUCUCCGCCGGCUGGGACCAGCAGCAGCCAUCAAAGAAGCAGAAAAGCGAAACCAUGAUUCUGGCCGCCGAAAAGGUCUUGCGCUGGACCCCCGGCAUGCGCGUCCUCAAGGCCGACAUCCCGGCUCAACACCUCUCGGGGAGAGGGCCCCUCCCGAGCAGCAACGGCCUCGGACCGCUGAGGAUACGCAUCCGCGCCGAAGGAGAUAAAUCAGCCGACACCGCGACGAGCGUCAAUUUUGCCGGGUUCGAGGGGGACUGCGGCAAGAUCUUGCCCCUGUGGGCGGACGUACAGACGCCCGGUAGCGAGGCACCGACGACGUGUGUCCGGAGACUUCAACACGGUGAUCGCCCCUCAGAGGCUGUCUUUGAGAUUGAGGAGGAUAUCGGGGAGAGCAUUGCGCGGCAUAUCUGGGAUGCCGGGUUGAUGGCCGUUUGCGGGCUCUGGCAGGUCAACACGCGCGAGAGCUUCGCUGCCGAGAAGCACCCGUGGCGCAUGAAGAAGUUUCACAACCUGCUGUUCGGGAAUGGACCGGUCAACAUCCUCGAGCUCGGAUGCGGUGUUGGGAUUUUGGGUAACGGGCUGGCGCAGCUUUUGUCUCCUGUUGAUCCUCAGGGAGAGGGGUCCGUCCUCAUGACGGAUCUCCCUGAAGCCGAGUACCGGGCUCGCGCGAAUAUCAAGAGGCUCGCGACGAGCGUUGCAGCGACUGUCCAUUCGCAAUACGAGAACCUCGACUGGGACGAUGGCCGGAAGGGAUCCUUUGGCCCCUUGGUCGAGUCCAAGAUGUGGGACGUUAUCGUCAUGAGCGAUUGCACGUACAACGUGGAUUCCCUCCCCUCUCUCGUAAACACCUGGACGGCGGUUCACGUACAUAAUCUUUCGAAGAGCACGAAUAAAAACUCUGUACAGACCUGGGUUUACAUUGCUUGGAAGAAGAGGCACCCGGAUGAGAACGAGUUUUGGAAUCAGGUCGACAGCCAGGGGUGGAACUUGCAGGAAGAAGACGUUGUCGAGUUGCCGGUGCUCGGUGGCGAGACGGAGAGGAUCUUCACGUAUCUCUUCAGCAUACAGUCUACAAAGUUCGAGCUGGAUGAGGAGAAGGGAGUCUGGAAGUGCUCAUAG